AUGACGGCUAGAUCUAGUAAACAGUGUCAGUAUUCCCUUGAUUUAACUUCAGGAGACAAGCCGCGAUCUCGUCGAGGAAGUCGAGACGAGCUGAACAGUGCCUUUUCCCGUUUUGGCCGUGACUCCGCAGGCUCUGCCCGUCAGUCGCUCUCCAGCGCCCAUCCGAGCAUGAACAAAUGGACCGAUGCACAGCAGAAGGCCGAGAGCAAAGUCGGUUCAGAGAGAGGUCCCGAUGUGAUGAUUGAAGGAGAUGUGGAGGCAGAGACAGACAGUAUUGUGCUGACCAACGAUGGUACACCGUUAGGUGUUCACAUCAUCAGUAAGAUAGAACAAGAAGACGGAAGUGCUUUUGGUAUAGUUGUUCACAGUAUUGAAGCUGGUGGCAGAGCUGCACGUGAUGGGCGUCUUUUACCUGGUGACUACAUCGUACAGAUCAACGGUAGUGAUAUAUCACUUCAUUCAUUUAAUAGAGCCCAAGAAAUGCUGAGAGACGCCAUGCGGAACCCCACCGUAAAGCUGACCGUUCAACGCGACAAGUUCUUCAGCACGGAAGCCCCCGUCGGCGCUGCCACAUCCUCCACCACCCCCAGGGAAAAUGGCCACCUUCAGAUCACCAUCCCACCAAAGUCUCCCGGAGGGAAGGUCCCUCCGAUCAUCCCCGUCCGAUCUCCUACCACUGCCCUGUCAUCUCCGACGGAUAAGAGCCCCAAUGCGAAGCUUAUAGCACCCAUGAGCACCAGGAGGAUCGGUCGCAAGCUUUAUAUUCAGCUUAUGAAAGGUCCUCAAGGGUUAGGUUUCAGCGUGACGUCUCGAGACAACCCAACUGGAGGCAAGAAUCCAAUCUUCAUCAAGAACAUCCUCCCUAAAGGAGCAGCCAUAUCUGACGGCAGGCUAAAACCUGGAGAUAGGCUCAUGGAGGUGAAUGGUAUUGAGAUGACCGGUAAGAGUCAAAGUGAAGCUGUGUCCAUCCUACGAAGUGUCAAGCUCGGAGGUGUGGUCAACCUAGUGGUGUCCAGACAAGACUCACCGGUCAAGAUGGUUCCAAGACAGUUGCCUGAAGAUACCGCUACAGUGGAAGAACCGGUCACCUCUCCCCAGAACCGAGCAGUGAUGACCUUUGACAUUCCAUUGAAUGACACUGGGUCAGCGGGGUUAGGGGUCAGCGUCAAAGGCAAGACCAGCGGGGCUACGGAAGAACACAGCAGCAAAGAUCUAGGAAUCUUCAUCAAGUCUGUGAUCCAUGGAGGAGCAGCAUCUAAGGAUGGCCGCUUACGUCCAAACGACCAACUCCUGUGCAUCAAUGACACCUCUCUGGCCAACAUGUCAAACAGCGAAGCAAUGGAAACCCUCCGUCUGGCAAUGUCUCACGAGAAGUCCCCCCGCUCCACGAUCUCCCUGGUGAUCGCCCGACGACUCGACCAGCAGGAUCCCCUGGCCCACACCAACAAUCUCAACAAGGGCGCAACCAGUCCUGCAGGAGAUCGCAACGUCGAUAGCGGACUCUUGUCUCCACUCCCUCAGAAGGACGGCAGCGGCGGCUUUUUGAUGCCGAACAGCCUUUCCGAUGGAGUCCUGAGCUCCCGGUCAACAAACGGUGGCAUGCAGCGGGGUAAUGAAAUUGUGGUGCAAGCGUCGGUUGAACCGCACCAUGCCACCACUCCGAGGCACCAGGGGGCUAAGGUCACCUACCCAGGCAGUGAUGGAGAACCUAUAUACAGCCGGUCAAGGAAGUCUUCUGAUGGACAGACGCUGCCAUCAUCAGGAGGAGAGAUGGCUAUGCAGUCUGAUGCUAGUCCUUCUAUGCACUUGUCGAUCCACAGUUCACCUUCAGCAAGGGCGCCCUCACCCCCUCAGUGGCUCCUGGACUGGGAGAGUGGUGCUAAAGAUGGGGAGCUGAGUCCCUUACCGGAUCCCGACAACUUUGCUCGAGACAACUAUGCUAGGGCCAGCUUUUCAGAGAGACGUCAAGGAGGCUCAUUGGAUGCCAAGCAGAUGGCCUGGUACAAGAAAACAAAAGGCGAAAUACCAAAGAAACAAACAACCACAGCACAAAAAGAUGUUGCUGCGAGUACGAGUAGUCUGCUCCGAGCAAGCUCUAUGGACUCCCUCCUAGACUUUAAACCUAGCACUAGUCGGGUUGAAGAGAGUUCUUCCAAAACCAUGGGGCCUGGGUUGGGUAUGGAGAAAUCCAGCUCCCUGGAGAGCCUCGAGGUGGCCGUCGCCCACGUUCACCAACAGAGGGAGGACUUCCCUGGUCGACCCAGGGCAAAGGUCCGAAGAGGUCGCGUCUGCAAUGACAGCUUCCGAGCGGCCGUGGAUAGGUCGUACGGGGAUCAGUCACCCAACGGGGACAUGCCUUCAAUGUAUACAGUGAUGGAAGCAGAAGAGAAUGGAGGAUAUGGUAUCCCAAGGACCGGUGGUGGAGAUGGAAGCAUCCAGUCUGCUGGAAGUAUCAAGAAGAAGAAAGAUAAGAAAGAAGAUAAGAGCAAAGCCAAGAGCUCUGGGACAGGGUUCAAAGGACUCUUUAGAUUUGGGAAGAACCGCAAGUCCAUAGGGUCCGAGAAUGCUCUGAAAGGAAAAGAUAAAGAUAGCAGUAAGACCCAGAUGUCUGAAGCAGAGAGACUUGAACAGGAAGAGAUUGAGAGGAGGAAGGCAAGACAACAUGCCAAGCAGGAACAUGAAAAGAUCCAAGAAGAGAUUCAGAAGAUGAGAGAAGCCAAAAUCAAGGAAGAAAACCAAGACGCCUUGAGCAAGGCGGACAAGAUGAUGCAACUCAGACAGCAAUAUCAGCAAAGACACCGUGAUAACCAGGGUCAGUACAUGGAUGAUGGAGAGGAGGAUGAAGAUGAUUAUACCAGAGUAGAUCCUAGCAGUCAGCAAGACACAAUGAGUCAAAGAGAAAGACUAGAGGCUGCAAGAGCGGAGCAACGUGAAAGAGAUCGUCAGAACAGCAGGGUGCCUGACCGAGACCGGUAUGAACGACUCCCGCCAGAGGCCGAAGACCGGAGGAAAGAGCGUCGAGAUGACAUCUACUCAGAUCCCAAGGAUAGGCGCGAUGAAAGGACAUAUAAUAAUAGAUACUCUGAUGAUCCGUAUGCCGAUCCUCGCAAUCUGAGGAAUAGUCAAGAUAGAGGGCGCUAUUACGAUGAUAAAUACAGUCGUAGGAAUGACAAAGACUUAGAAGAGAAUCCGUACGAUAGAUACAAUGGGAAGAAAGAUCAUGGUGCCCAAGAACCCAGGGAUGGACGGUACGAUAGAAAUCGGGACAAUCGCUCCUCUGACCCGUCGAGGCAGGAACGACGGAGGAGUCUGAAGCGCACGGAUCGCGUUGAGAGUGCGAAGAACAGAUCUGAUGCGCGAGCACCGGGGAAGGAGAAUAUGGAUGUGGAUCGGCAAGAGAAACGGGACAGUGAUGAGAAAGAAAGGGACAGGAGGCCGAACGAAAGGCGGGGCGAUUACGGAACUCGCAGCGAUAAGUCAAUAGAGCGUAAGAACCCCAAACGCGAAGAUCACCGCCAGGAUACAAGACGUGAUGAACGGUAUAAGGACAGUCGGUACGACGGAAGACGGGAUGAAAGAAAUCCCGAGAGGGAUGGUGAGCGUGAUGAUCGUUACGAUUCAAGGAGGGAUGAUCGGUAUUAUGAACACGAUAGGAGGCAACAAGAGGAUAAAAGAGAACGUCCACCUCAACGUGAUGAAAGGCAUGAUAAAUACCCUGAUCAACGGGAUAGAUAUCGUGUUCAGCAGGAUGAUCGGCAUGGAUAUGGCAGUUUAGACAGACCAAACAGGAGACCAAGAGGAAAGGACCCAAAUUACUACUCCAUGUCAGAGAACAGUCGACCUGAAGAAGAUUAUGCGAGGACACAGAACUACUCCCGCUACAAUAACCACAACGACCACCAGCAGGGUCCUAGGCGCACUUCGUACCCCAACGGACCGGUGUCCAACCAUGCGCCGCACCCCUCAGGGCAGGGCGGGGAUCGUUCCAGGCGAGCCAACUCCACCUCCGACUACCUGGACUACAAGGAAGAGCCUCGGAGGUCAAAGUCUGUCUCGGACCAACUCGUGGAUGAAUACCAAUACGAUUCAAGGCGGGCUGGACCGAGGAAAGGUCGACCCAACGACACCGGCGGAACCCGGAUGUACAAUGAUUACGAUGAUGCUGCCCGAGUGUGAUCCUGAUAGCCACUGAGUGAGUGAACUGUUACACUGCCAUCGUUGAGUUGCCUUAUAUUUUUCCAGAGAGGCGCAUCAGCUUUAUUGCAUCUUCCACCUUCCUUUGAAGACUGAUCAGCCAUUGAUGCCUACGUUUCUCCUUGUGGCAAAGGGGGUCGUUUUCACGCGCAUCUUAGCGACUGCAUGUUGAUAAUCAUUUGAAUGAUAUGGACAUUCUGGUGGUAGCACAAACACUUCCCAGUCGACUAAGCUUGAUUGCUCCUGAAUAUUCAAAGUGCUGGUAUUUGAGCAUAUUGUGAAAAUAUGUGAACUCCUCUAAGAUAUGGUGCAGUUGUAAAACUUUCUAAGUAAAAGCAUUGAAGCCAAUUUUUAGAUUAUGUAUCCAAACAUCUCAGUGUUCAAAAUGUAUUCUUUGCAGUACUUGAUUGCAGUACUUGAUACUCUCUAAAUGUUAAUGCAAUUCUUUUACUGGAGCUUAUGAAGUACUGCAAAUUUGUUGAUAUGGAGGAGUUUUGAAAUUUCGAGUACUAUUUUUUAUCAAGAAUCUAUCUUCAUACUACUGCUGACUUCAGUAACUUUCUUUAAGUUGAGACGAUCAGUUGAUUAUUCAUUCCUGAUAUAUGUAAAUUUUAUGUUGUAAAUAAGAAUAAUGAUUCAUAAAGAUUAGGAUCUGAGAUAUAUUGUCUUGGCCAGUUGUUGUCUCGUAGCAGAAUGCAUGUGGCUGUAAUGGGGAAGGAGUUUGAGUUACGUUCAUUUUUUUUUCCUGAUGUCUUUUUAGGGUACAUUUCUAAUUACAUGAACACUUUUCAAUUGUCUUUAAUGAAUACAUAUGUGCUUCCCAGUCACCAUACUUAUUACAAACUAGUUUAGAAAUUGAAAUGAAAUGGACAAGUGUAAAAAACAAUAAUAGUAAUAAUAAUAUCUGGAUUUUUAUACAGGGUUCCCACAGUCAUGGAAAAUCCUGGAAAAAUUUGUGGUCAUGGAAAGUCAGGGAAUUUGGAAAAUUUGUGAAAAGUCAUGGAAUUGCAUUUACCUCUUGGCUAUGGCAGCUUUCCAGGUUGUUGUGUCUCGCAACUCUCAUACUAUGCUAUUAUAAUUGGUGUUCAUGAUUUCCAUUUCUACCAGUUUUGUGACAUCCCAAAUUCCACAUAACUCCCGGGACAUCACGGGAAGUCAUGGAAAGCAGUACAUUUAGUCAUGGAAAAGUCAUAGAAUUCUGUAUUUCAGAUUUCUGUGGGAACCCUGUUAUAGUGCUAUUCCAGAGAAUAUUUAGCAGUUGCUUGGUAGUGAUCAUGAGAUCAUCGAGGGAAACUAUCCUGACUGUUUACAUGGUGGAGGAUGAGUCAAUGUAGAGUAUAGGCUUUAUGGUACUCCGUAUAUUCCUUCUUGGGCAUGUGUUUGGUCCUGAAAAGUAGCACCCAAACUCAAUGUUUCAGCAAGUAUGUUCUCGUUUUAUCAGAAGAAUUCUAAAGCUAACCAUUUUGUUUUGAAUGGAUGUUCGUUGCACUGUCUGUUUCGAUUGACUCAAACAGAAAUUACAUGACUGGAAAUGGUUCCCCUAAAAUUGUUUUUGCGAUGUCGACUCGUAAUGUGCCAAACAAAAUUGCAGGUGAGGUCUACGUGAUUUUGUUUCAAAUUGAGGACAGCAGCAAGCUAAGGGUUAAACACUGUUUUGCAGAAAUACUUUCUCCAUGUUGUAGCCCGAGAGAGGGGGUGUUUAACAAAGAUUGAAGUCUGGCUAAAGACCACACUUCAUGUUUCAUCUGGUACAAUGCCUCACCGCAUUGGUCAGCUCAUGUUGUGGUGAUACUUCUUAUUGAGCAUUCAUCAAUCUGAUCACCCAUUAGCUACAUUGAGCAUACUGCCACUAAAUGAUUCCAUUAGAAUUUCUGUAAGACAAGGUUGUCACCAUAUCAUCGUAGAUCUGGAUCUGGUACAGUUUGCAUGAAUCUAACUUUGUGAAAUCAUGAAGUCUAAGCUGAAAAAUGAUCACAGCAACGAUCUCCAAAAUGGAUAAGCACAUUUGGGACAAGAUAUUAUAAUUGCUUGGAAAAGCUGGAGUUCCAUGCUUAUGUUGCUUAUUUUUCAGCAAUUACACAAUAUCGAGAAUCCUUUCGGACAUAUCUUUUUUAUUUAUACAUAGAGACACCUGGGUGUUAAUUUGAUUGGAUUAUGUACGAACUCAUUUUGAAAUCGUUACCACAACUGGUAUUUGUGUUUAAGUUAGACUUUUCUCUUUCUACCCUCUUUAGCUCAUCUGUACAUGUAAGUGCCAAUAAUGAAAAUUAUUGUUGUUAAAAUAUUGUAUCAUCAGAAUGUAUAUGAAUAUAAUACAUCAGAAGAACUGUAAAACUAACAUAUCUUUUUAAUGAACAUGUAAAUAGAUAAGUAUUCAGAUUAUGAAUAUGAUGAAAUUUUGUAUUGACAAAUGUAUUCCUACCCUUUUUUACUCUUGUUCAAAUUCCUCUUUUUGUACAUAGUCAUAGUAACAUUCCUGUUAACUGCUUUCCAAACCUUUAUACGUAUUCUUGCUAAUGCUUCAAAUUGAAUAUUUGCAUCUUGUUAUGAUAAUUACAUUGUAGUUAUGUAUUUUAGUCAAAUUCAUUGUUACAGUCUAUGCAAAGUCACACAUAUUAUAGUAUAGCAGUAUAAAUUCAAUAUGAAUUCCAUAUUUAUGAUAUUGAUUGUGUAUGUUUUGAUAUGAUUUCUCUUCAGCUGGUACGAGUCAGAAUUCAUUUUGUGUUUCCAGGAUAAUAUUGUCAAAUGUUGUCUAUAUUCUGUGGUCAAAAUUAUUACAAUGACAAGUUCUUAUGCUGUAAAUCAACAUAAAGGCACAGGUAUACAGUUAAUUAUAUUCCAGGGUAAUUUUACUCCAGAGAAUAGAAUGAAAUACUUCAAACCAAUAAAACAGCACAGGUAUAUGAUAGAUCAUAUUCAAGGAUACUUUUACUGCAGAAAAUAGGAUAAAAUACUUCAUCAAUAAACCAAUAACAAAUUGGUUAGUAGCACAAUCAUAGCAAUACAUUUUUGAAAAACGCCGAGGCAUACAUUUAAGACGUUACAGCCAUUUAAUUUUCUGAUGAGACAUGCACCAAUGCAAGAAUUAUUAAAUUUUUCAUGUUUUAAACUAUACAAAAUUUACACCCAACAAGACAUAAUGUUUUCUCAAAGUUGAAGAAAGAUCAUUGCAUUUUCGAUGAUUAAUAGUUCUCUCAAAAUAAUUCGCUUAUAUGUUGAUUUGAGAGGUUUGGAUUGCAAGUGUGAACUGUUUGAAAUCCCCUUGUUAAAACAGGACUUGGGCUAUAGUCAUUUUGCAGCACCCUACUUGGUGCAUAUGCUAAAUUAUGUUUAAAGCUAAACUUCAGUAGCUGCAAUGGCCAAUAAAGUAGAGAGAUUGUUUUUAAAAUCAGAAUUAUUACCAUAUUAUAAAUCAAAAUUCAGUGGCCCGUAUUCUGAAGUCUGGUUUAACUUCAACCCAUUUUUAAAGUUGUGGUUUAAGUAUGGAUAGCCAAUUGUUACAUAAAUCACUAACAGUAGAGAUAUCAUAUUUCAGCUCAUUUGGCUCUCAAGACAUUCAUAAUUGUCUAGGAAGUAUAAAAAGAUGAUUGUCUUCACCAUCGAUGAAUCAGGAAAGAGCACAGUAAACAUAAGAAACAUACAACUUGAUAAAAAUGUUGACACUUUUGGCUUCCCAUAAUUUUAGCACAGAGAUAGACCAUGGUCUAAGUUAAACCUGACUUCAGAAUACGGGCCAGUAAGUUUUAAGAUUGUUUAAGCAAGCUAACUAUUGUGACAUCAUAUAAACUAGCUCAGGACCUCAAAAGCUGACAAUUUACCAAGCACAUAAAAGCACACAUGUGCACAUCAGUUAAAGCUUGGACAAUGAUGAUUACUCUGACACAAUACCAUGGUUAAUGUCACUAAUUGCUUAGAAGUUUCUAAUUUUCUACCAAAAGGUUGUCUUACCAUACAUUCAUACACUUUGGUGGUCAAACGGGCUUGGAUUUACUUAUUUCAAGAAACAAAUUUAUAGUCAAUCCAAGCCCGUCGUCAUCGUCUGGGUAAUGUCCAUAUCUUGUUGUAUGUUUACUGUUGAUUUAUAUUUACUGUUGCUAUGAUCAUCCAACAUUUAAUAGUAGAUUACUUGUUCUUCCUCAUAUCUCUGCAGCGUAGAUGAUUAUUACCUACACCAAGGAAGUGCCUUGAUUGCAAUAGUCCUGCAGGUUCUUCAAUGAAUACAUUAUCCGAUGUUGGGCUAAUGGAUCCUUUCAUCGCUUAUUGCUUGCUGACUCGAUAGGAAAAUGAUCUCAUAAACCUGUGCGUAGAAAUCUGUUCACAAAGACCCCGUUCUCAUUACGCUUUCUAAGACUAGUUUACUGGAAACCGGUUCAGGAAACUAGUUUUGAAGAUCGCUUUGCUAACGUUCCCAUGUGGUUUUCGAAAUCACUUCACGUAAAGCAGUCUUGUUGCUAUGGGAACGCUCUCAGUGGGGUGACACGUUUCGCAUGCUCAAAAUGUGCGAAGAUUGCUUCCCUAAGAACGGUUGUGUCCUCACUUAUGCUUAAACCAGUUUAACAAGGCAAAGCGAUCUUGAAAACUACAUCGCGAGGUGGUUUUAUGAACCGGUCUGGAAGAUCGCUUCCAAGAUCGCUUCAUCCGUUCUCAUUACACGUUAAACUAGUUUCCAGUAAACUAGUUUUAGGCAGGUAAUGAGAGCAUCUAAAUCACCUGUAGAAGUAUCAAUCAGAUGUCAGUCAGUAGGAUCAUUAUUCUUCGUAAUGAUUUUUGAUAGAUGCAAAAUAGGUUUAUUAUUUUCAUUUGUUGGCACAAGUCCUGUAUAGUCGUAGUUUUCAAAGAACUGCAGUGAUAUUCUCAGUCGCCCCCAUUCGUGCCAAACUCGCUCAUGUAGUAUAAGUUAUUGUUGUAUGUCCGGUACAGUAUUUCAAACAAUAUUACCCUCAAAUCCUACAUCAUCCUUCGGAGUUGGUAUCAUAAUGUUGUUCUAACAAGAUUCAUAGUCAUUUACACUUGCUGCGUUUUGUGGUGCUCCUUCCUACACCCUCCUUUUUUCCAGUGGAAAAGGGUACCUAAUAAAGAUCAAGUGUCUUGUUUAUAAUAUUUCUACAUAUUUCACAAAUCCGCAGGCAGUCUGCGGAAAGGUUUAACAUAGGGAGUUGUCUGGGAAAUAUGCAUUUCUUGCCAUGUUUGUUAAAUAUUGUUGUUUCCCCCGCGAUAGUAUUCAUGUAUGUCUGCUUAACAUCAUCACAUCAUACUCUAAUGUAUUUGUGCUGAUCUCGAUUCAUUGUAGCAGGAAAUUGAGAUUGAUAUUACUCGUAUUAUGUUGUAAAGUUACAUCAGUGCCCACCCAGUCUAACAAAGAGUUGGGAUUGAUCCUAUAGAUUGUAACUAUGGAAAGACGUUGAUGUCAUAAAUUAUUAUUUUAAGAAAUAUCCACAAUGACCCCCUUUGGAAACAGAGGAACACACUGGUGUGUCGAGACAAUGGUGCAUGUAAAGUAUACAUCAUAUCUAGAAAACACUUUGAAUGGGUGUAUGCACUCCAGAUUUUGAUGUUGCUGGCUUUCCAUAGUUGUAGUUGAUGUGAUCAAUCACAUUCAAUAUCGUGCCAAUCCAUCAUUGCAUUUUGACACUUAACACCAACAACAGCUGUAUAGAAAAUUUAGUGCUAUAGUACUACAGUCAUCCCUGUCACAUCUUUUGGAUUGAGAAGUCAAACAUGAAUCCAAGAUGUGAAUAACGCAUUUAAGUGAGAUCAGGCAUCGUUGCGACAUUACAGGUUCUAACAAGGCCCCUGUUAUAUCAGCUUUAGCAUCAUUUCAGUGCUGCCUCUACUGGCCAACACUUUACCAAUGCUAGAAGGUAGACCAACCAGCAAUACAUAUAGACUCAACUCUAGACCAAUAUCAGACCGAAAGGAAAAUCAUAACUAGACCAGAAUAGCAAAAAAAAAAGAAGAUGAAA